UGGCGGCGGACUGACUCCUCUCGCUUCCCGUCGCCGCCCGCGCACGCCCGGCCGGGAACCCGCACAACGCGCCGCGGCCAGAGAACAGCUUCCUGCGCAGAGCGUCCGCGACGCCAGUCCCGGGGUCAAGUGCCUCAGUUUCAAUCUGGGAAUUCUUUAAAUGAAACUUGUUUAAAAUCUUAGAUCCUACCCAAAAGAGAGACCCCAGUCAACAAUAAGGUGGAAAAGAAUGAUGUCCUUAAACAGUCUACAGAAUGUCGUCUAUAACCCGAUAAUCCCCUAUGUUGGGACCAUUUCUGAGCAGUUGGAGCCUGGAACUUUGAUUGUACUACGUGGGCAUGUUCCUAGUGACUCAGACAGGUUCCAGGUGGACUUACAGUGUGGCAGCAGCGUGAAACCUCGAGCGGACGUGGCCUUUCAUUUCAACCCACGGUUCAGAAGGGCCAACUGCAUUGUUUGCAACACUUUGAAAAAUGAGAAGUGGGGCUGGGAAGAGAUCACCUAUGACAUGCCUUUCAAGAAAGAAAAAUCUUUUGAGAUCGUGAUCAUGGUGCUGAAAGACAAAUUCCAGGUGGCUGUCAAUGGAAAACAUACCCUGAUCUACGCCCACAGGAUCAGCCUAGAGAAGAUCGACACCCUGGGCAUUUAUGGCAAAGUGAUCAUUCACUCCGUGGGUUUCAGCUUCAGCUCGGAUUUAAGAAGUAGCCAAGCAUCUACUCUGGAAUGGACAGAGAUAAGUGAAGAAAAUGUACAAAAGUCUGGCGUGUCACAGUUUCCUAGUAAUAGAGGAGACAUUUCUAAAAUCGUCCCCAGAACUGUCUACACCAAGAGCAAAGGUUCGCCGGCCAAUCACACUUUGACUUGCGCCAAAAUACUACCUACCGACUGUUUGUCAAAGACUCUGCCGUUCGUGGCGAGGUUGAACUCCUCAAUGGGCCCUGGACGGACUGUCGUCAUAAAAGGAGAAGUAAAUACAAACGCCAAAGGCUUUGCUGUUGAUCUACUAUCAGGAAAAUCCAAGGAUAUUGCUCUCCACCUGAACCCACGCCUGAAUGUUAAAGCAUUUGUAAGAAAUUCUUUUCUUCAGCAGUCCUGGGGAGAAGAAGAGAGAAAUAUUACCUGUUUCCCUUUUAGUCCUGGGAUGUACUUUGAGAUGAUAAUUUACUGUGAUGUUAGAGAAUUCAAGGUUGCGGUAAAUGGUGUGCACAGCCUGGAGUACAGACACAGAUUUAAAGACCUGAGUGAUGUCGACACGCUGGAAAUUGAUGGCGAUAUCCACUUACUGGAAGUAAGGAGCUGGUAGCUGACAGGUGUGCUACAAAAACUGAAACACAGAUGACUUCUGUGUAACACUGGCCUUGUUAAAAUGCAUCUUACUCUCAUGAUAUGGUUUAUAUAUAUUGUUAAAGUGAGCUGAAGUCCUAUUGGGUGUCCUCAGUCCAUGUCAUGCAGUGAGGCUUUGUCAAGCAAAAAAUGAGGACAUUUGAGGCAACAGCAGCUUAUAGCCAUUAUUAUAACAGGCCUUUCUGCUCGCUCUCCUGCACCCUGGCCGCCUCUUUUUUAAACCUGCUUCACAUUCAGCAAGUGUUUACUAAGAGCCUGCCGUGACACAGUAGCCACCCUGCACGGAGCGCUCGUCUCCUGCCGGCACUGUGCUGGGAGCUGGGAGGACACAGUGGGGCACGUACGUUCCCUGUUCUGUUCAGCUCAGAGCCUUCCGUGCUUUGCCACUGUGCCGUUGUUUCUCCUCCAUGCACUAUAUAAACCCACCAGGCACUGAAAAGAAAGAAUUAUUCUAUUAGAUCACGUAAGGACACUAAUCUAUAGGCGACACCACUCUUCCUCCAGUGCUGCCCUUCAUACCCAGUGUUUGAUCGUAUCCCGUAAUUGAGAGGAUUGAUGUUGACCUACAUCUGGCGAUUUUCUUUAGCAUAAUAUCUAGCUCUUCUAGCUGUAAGCAUUACCAAAUAUCAUUAUGAGAUCUGAACACAGCACAAGAUAGAGGCAAAAAACAAAGCAAAAUGAACAAAACCAAAUGGUGCUGAAAUAAACUUGACGUCAAUCUCCAGGCCACUGAUCUUCUGUACCAGUAUUAUUUUAGAAUAUUGGAAUUUAGGGUGAGUCAGAGGUCUCCUCUGCAUAUACUCUAUAGAAAGUUUAAGGUAGACGAGAGAUGGAUUCAAUUUGUAAAAUGUUUGCGGGUAACAAAGCAAUGCCAACAUUAGACUUAAUGGUUGAUUACAGAACAGGCCCUAUCAGAAAGUAAAAUAGACCAGCAGAGACCAGUGGAGUAGAGAGAGGCGGUGUGAGUCUGUUGCUUGUCCGCACGCAGCCAGCACGGCCUCUCCUCCUCUAAGACGACCCCAUCAUCGUUAGUGACUGAGAUCAAAACGCUAUUCUCCCUUCAGUAAUUAAAAUCAAACCUGUACCAGCAAGUUAAACUGUUGUUGCAUUUCUGUAAUUUUUUCUGUUAUUCUUUGAAGCGAGUUGGCAGAAGUUCUUUGUAGAAUUCUUACAGGUCAGAUCUUGUCACAGGGGAUUUCAAAGCCUUGGGAGUGGGGAGGUAAAAAGCUAGAUCAGUCAGAUCAUUUUAUAUUAAAUCGCUGGGCUGAAUUCUGCCAGGAUUUGGGAAUAUUUUCAUAACAGCUUUUGGUUAGGUAUUAUUUGUAUCCCUAUAGUGGAAAGAAUACUAUUACCAGUCUUACUUUUAAAAAGUACUCAGUGUAGAAACUUCUAGCACCUAAUUCUUUUCCACCUUUUCAUAUUAAUUUAUUAUGCUCAGUCUUGCCAAGCUCAAACAAAUAAAAAAAAAACACUGGUGGAGGAGAGGAUGUUGGGAAAGCUAUAGAAGGCAAGAAGGGUCUAGAAUCCCCCAAGGUUUUUUUCCCCCUCCAGAAAAGAACAUCAGAGGGCCUGGCAGAUGGUGGAAACUGUGGACCACUUAGGAAAAAAGAAAAGCCCACUUGCCUUGCUUCCUGUAAGUCUUAAACGUAGUUCAUUUCCGUUUUAUGUGGAUGACACUAAGAAGUCAGACCAUUUCUUUGAUAGAAUAAGUACAAAAUCUUAAGAUUGUUUUUGAAAAGACGCUAUUAGCAUUUAUUAAUGAAUCACGUUGAGAUGUUUCAUAAAGAGAAAUAUGCGUUCCUAGCAAGCUGUCUCCAAACUGCACGUCAGCCUUUUGCUUGUCACGAUUCCACACUAAGUUUCUGUAUUAAAUUAGAUCAAGGGCUUUCAGACUUGAUUUGAACAUCUAUGGAACAGUGCUUAGAUGCCUUAAAUUUUAAAAAGGCAUAAAUAAAUAAAAUGCCUUAAACAAAA